AUUGGCAAGAAUGUUUAAGAUUUGAUCUGAUUGUUAGAAACAGAUGCAUAAAUACUGGAAAGCUUACUCACUUUCUUCUACCUAAAACUGACAGAUUUUAGUUUUGUGUUCAGUUGGUAACGUUUCAUGCUUCAUGCUCAUACCCCUGCACCUGUCACCAACUUAUUCACAACCAGUCAAUAGACUGGUAGGUAUGGAACCUGAAGGGGAGGAGACAAUGGAGGGAGAUGGCGACGCUGCGACGGCGCCGUUGCUGGACUUCAUCGAUGACCAGUCAGCCGCCUCGGAGGAGCUGCUGCGGCGGGAGCCGGUGCCAUUCGACGUGCUGUCGCGGCUGGCAUUGUGGGAGGCCGGCAACCUGUGGCGCAUCUCAUGGGCGUCCAUCCUCAUCACGCUCUUCAGCUUCACUCUCAGCCUCGUCACGCAGAUGUUCGUUGGCCACCUUGGUGAGCUCGAGCUUGCCGGGGCCUCCAUCACCAACAUCGGCAUCCAGGGCCUAGCCUAUGGCAUCAUGCUUGGCAUGUCGACUGCAGUGCAGACUGUGUGCGGCCAGGCCUACGGUGCGAGGAGGUACAGGGCGAUGGGUGUUGUUUGCCAGAGAGCGCUCGUCCUCCAGUUUGUGACGGCCGUCGCCAUAGCUUUCUUCUACUGGUACUCUGGCCCAUUCCUGCAGCUCAUUGGGCAGGCUGAGGACGUGGCUGUGGCAGGGCAGCUGUAUGCUCGUGGGCUGGUGCCACAGCUGCUCGCGUUUGCACUCUUCUGCCCGAUGCAGAGGUUCCUGCAGGCUCAGAACAUCGUCAACCCCGUAGCGUACAUGGUGCUUGCUGUGCUGGUCUUCCACAUCUUCAUCUCAUGGCUCGCUGUGUUCGUGCUCAGCUUUGGCCUUCUCGGUGCGGCUCUGACUCUGAGCUUCUCUUGGUGGGUGCUCGUGGCGUUGACCUGGGCGUACAUCAUCUGGAGCCCAGCUUGUAAGGAGACGUGGACUGGGCUGUCCAUGCUUGCUUUCAGAGGCCUCUGGGGAUACGCCAAGCUCGCCUUCGCGUCGGCUGUUAUGCUAGCGUUGGAGGUCUGGUACGUGCAAGGAUUUGUGCUUCUGACUGGCUUCCUCCCCAACUCAGAGAUUGCUCUUGAUUCACUCUCUAUCUGCAUCAACUACUGGAACUGGGACUUCCAAAUCAUGCUUGGUUUGAGCUAUGCGGCCAGCAUUCGCGUCAGCAACGAGCUUGGCGCUGGCCAUCCAAAGGUCGCGAGGUUGUCGGUCAUGGUGGUCGUCAUGGCGAGCAUCGCCUUCAGCAUUCUCGCCACGAUUGUAGUCAUGGCCCUUAGGUACCCGCUGAGCACCCUCUACACAAGUAGCACGACGGUGAUCGAGGCCGUCAUCGCUCUGAUGCCAUUGCUGGCCAUCAGCAUCUUCUUGAAUGGGAUCCAGCCAAUCCUCUCAGGAGUCGCGGUCGGGAGCGGGUGGCAGGUCAUAGUUGCCUAUGUCAACGUCGGGGCUUACUACAUCAUUGGGCUGCCGAUUGGAUGCGUCCUAGGGUUCAAAACAAGCCUGGGAGCAGCUGGGAUCUGGUGGGGCUUGAUCAUAGGGGUCGCGGUCCAGACGGUGGCUCUGAUCGUCAUCACGGCCAGGACCAACUGGGAUAGCGAGGUUGAGAAGGCGAUCCAGCGACUGCGGCGCACCGCGGCAGACGAGGGCGGCGUGCUGGUGGUCGAUGAUGAUGACGUCUGAUGACCGGUUGGGGGCUCUGUUUGACGACCAUUGUUUGCAAGGAGCACUGUCCAGGAGUAGUAGCUAGGUGCCGAACUUUACCAAGUGGCUAUAGUGCCUUUCGGUUUGUGCAAUAAGUUGAAACUCAGAUGAUGGACUUGUAGUAGUUAAAUGGUUAAUUAUCCCUGGCUGCUGGACAAGAAAUGGUUUGAUUUCUUUGAGCUCUUACACUUUGAUGAUGCCCCCAGAUUAUUGAGGUCGAUAUGGACCCUGCUGGUCAGCCUGAGGUGGUGCCAUGGGCCCCGUUUGUCAGCACCAGCAUGUUGUGGGCUGGUGGUUUUUUUGUCUGUAGGGAAUCCGCUA